AUGAUCUCAACGCAAAAUCUUCAGCAGCAGUUGAACAGCGUGGCAACUGGUGCUAGUGAUGAGGUUGUCAUCGCUGUUCUGACAUCCGCCGCAUACGCGAAUUUGAUCCAGGAGCCUGGAAUGUUCCAAGUACACAUGGAUGGGCUUUCACGCAUCAUCCAGCUCAAAGGUGGCGAGGGUUCAUUACACUCACCUCCUCUCCGGCUUGCUCUGUUUUGCCUCUUUAACGGAUCAGAACAAGAAGUUCCACCGACGGCUUUCUUCUUUUAUGUCGAUGUCCGCGAUUUCGCCGAAGCCCACGUACAAGCAUUCGAGAAGCCAGCAGACGCAAACCAGCGCUACCUGAUUGCUGCUUCGGCUUACAGCUACCAGCAGAUUUGCGACAUCAUUCGUGCCAAGUUCCCUGGACUCAGGGAAACUACCCCGAAGGGAGAAACUGGAGCACCUAUUCCACCUUCUUAUAUCGUAGACACUACAAAGGCCAACACAGAUCUCGGUGUCAAGUACCGAUCAUUGGAGGACACUGUCAUGGAUGCUGUCAACACCUUUCAGAAGAUUGAGAAGGUUUAA